AGGACAGGACUAAGGACAGAGGAAAGGACUGAGGAGAGGAGAAAGGAUUCUGAGAGGUCUGGUGAACGGCAAUGGAGGAUCAAGAGUCUGAGCUGCCGAUGGACCCCGAAGUCUGUUUUGAUCCGCUGUUCAUCGAUGAGGAAGACCCGUAUGGGAUGAGGGUGUUGAAGAAGAGACAGGCGCUUCAUUCCAGUCUCUCCUGGGAGAUACCAGUACAAACACACUCCUGACUGGCUCAGUCUCAGAUACCUGCAGAGAGACACACCUGGAUGAGACACGAGCCCAGUUCAAGGACAUGGACACCAUGUUUAGAAGUUGUGUAGGAGAAACUACAGACUCUUUUGGGCUUCACCUGUCGAUGUCUGCCCACAAUAACACACACCUUAGUGGGUUAGGACAGAUCCAGCCACACCAUAAUGGGUUAGGACAGAUCCAGCCACACCAUAAUGGGUUAGGACAGAUCCAGCCACACCUUAGUGGGUUAGGACAGAUCCAGCCACACCAUAAUGGGUUAGGACAGAUCCAGCCACACCUUAGUGGAUUAGGACAGAUCCAGCCACACCUUAGUGGGUCAGGACAGAUCCAGCCACACCUUAGUGGGUUAGGACAGAUCCAGCCACACCUUAGUGGGUUAGGACAGAUCCAGCCACACCAUAAUGGGUUAGGACAGAUCCAGCCACACCGUAGUGGAUUAGGACAGAUCCAGCCACACCAUAACGGGUUAGGACAGAUCCAGCCACACCUUAGUGGGUCAGGACAGAUCCAGCCACACCAUAGUGGGUUAGGACAGAUCCAGCCACACCUUAGUGGGUUAGGACAGAUCCAGCCACACCUUAGUGGGUUAGGACAGAUCCAUCCACACCUUAGUGGGUUAGGACAGAUCCAGCCACACCUUAGUGGGUUAGGACAGAUCCAGCCACACCUGAGUGGGUUAGGACAGAUCCAGCCACACCAUAAUGGGUUAGGACAGAUCCAGCCACACCUUAGUGGGUUAGGACAGAUCCAGCCACACCUUAGUGGGUUAGGACAGAUCCAGCCACACCUGAGGGAGAUGGAUGACCUGUUGAAGAGCUGUGAGGACAUAACCGGUGUGUCCUUCAACUCCCGCCUGUCCACCAGGUACACAGACACUCACCUGACUGAACCAGCUCAGAACCAGAACCAGUCAGACACACACCUGACUGGACCAGCUCAAAACCAGAACCAGUCAGACAUACACCUGACUGGACCAGCUCAGAACCAGAACCAGUCAGACAUACACCUGACUAGACCAGCUCAGAACCAGAACCAGUCAGACACACACCUGACUGGGCCAGCUCAGAACCAGUCAGAUAUACAGAAGAUGGAUUCUAUGAUGGGGAGCUGUGGUGGUAAUGACUGUCACACAAGUGCCUCCAUCCUGACCUACACAGACACACACAUGGAGGAGUCUAGGAACCAGUGCCAAAGUCACCUGAAGGAGGUGGAAUCCAUUUUGGAUCAGACUGGAGCCACAGGAGCCGCUGUCCAGCUUCAGUUGCCUCCUCUUACUUCUGCAGGCACUCAGCUGAGUGGCACUAUGGCUGAGUAUCAGACAGAGCUAAUGGGGAUGCUGGCCAUGUUAGAGAACUGUACGGAGGAGACAGGAAUUACCUUUGACCCUUUAGAGUGGACUUACCCCAGCUUACCAAAAGGAUUUUGCCAACACAACACCAACAUGAAUAAGGUAACACAAGACAGACACAUGGACAGAGGACUAACAACACAAGGACUCAUGGAGUCUGUGGGGAAUACCAAGACUGAAGGACUAGGGUUUGGGAGAGGUGUGGAUCUGAAGCCAUAUUUGGGCAGUACCUUUGGCCAAUUUGAGCCCCAAAGCUAUCAAGCUAUCUCGACAAAAAGACAUUCAGAUGAGUUAGGAGACUGUGGAGAAACAUACACAAGAGAACCCAUGUCCAUGGUGUGUGAAGAGUACAUAGACAGGGGCACAGAGGGGGACAUGAUGGGAGGCCAACAACUAGAGACAGAGUUGGGAGGGAUGGAUUUGAGGGGAGGGGUGGAGAUGAGGGGAGGCCAACAACUAGAGACAGAGUUGGAAGGGGUGGAGUUGAGGGGAGAUCAACAACUAGAGACAGAGUUGGGAGGGGUGGAGUUGAGGGGAGGGGUGGAGUUGAGGGGAGGUCAACAACUAGAGACAGAUUUGGGAGGGAUGGAUUUGAGGGGAGGGGUGGAGAUGAGGGGAGGCCAACAACUAGAGACAGAGUUGGGAGGGGUGGAGUUGAGGGGAGGGGUGGAGUUGAGGGGAGGUCAACAACUAGAGACAGAGUUGGAAGGGGUGGAGUUGAGGGGAGAUCAACAACUAGAGACAGAGUUGGGAGGGGUGGAGUUUAGGGGUUCCGUGCAGGAGUUGGGUACUAUGCUAGAGGGCUGUAUCGAGGAGGUGGGGAGAAUGGAGAAGAGACGGGAUGAACUGAUGGGAGAGCUACAGGCACUAAGGGAGGAGAAGACAGGGACAGAGGAAGGGAGAGAAGGAGGGCAAGCAGCACAGUUAAGGCAGGUGCUAAAUAUUGAGGCAGAUGGGAGGAGGGAGGCGCGGAUGAGGGAGUGGCAGUCUUUGAGGGCUGAGAGGAGUGAGGAGGAGAUGAGGUUGUCCAGUGUGCGUCUGGAGAGGCAGGGUCUUCAGGAGGAGAUGAGGAGGCUGAAGAGGAGGCUGUUCUGUGUCGUCAGGGAGUGUGCUCACAACCAGGUCAUCCUGGUAAGCCAGCAGCGUGAGGUUGCCCAGCUCAACGAGGAACAGAUGGAACUCGACACACUGAUCAUCCAGCUGACUGAGGAGGCGUCUCAACUCCGCUCCACCCACCAGACCCAGCUCUCCAACUUUCAGUCCCAGCUCCAGACACCCAGUCAGACACCCAACCCCAUAGAGGAGCUGACCCAGAGCAAGAGGACCGCUUGUGGGGACAUACAGCAGUACCUGCAGGGGGUGCUCAAGGCCCUGGAGGAAAGGUAUGAGCCAAUGCUGCUGGCCCUGUUGAAGCGGAGGGAGAGGACAUCAGAGGCCCAGGUGAAGGCCAGGCAGCAGGCCCGGGAGUUGAGGGCCUGUCGGGGGCCCCUAAGGGAGGAGAGACAGAGGCUGGGGCUGCAGAGAGCCUGCCUGGAGGAGAGACUCGUACUGAUGGAGACCCACAGGAGAGAGGACGUAGAACAGUAUAGGGAGACAGUGGACAGGCUGGAGGACACUAGCAGAGAGCAGAAGACAAAGCUACAAAUCCAGAAGAGGGAAACCAAGGAGACGGAGGAACUGAGAGACAGACUUACUAAAGAACUCCACCUGUACAGAGGUAUUGUCGAAGACAAUAACAAGAAUGAUGUAACCAGAGUGCAAGAGAAAACCACCGGGACAAAUAGAAGUGUUUCAGUUUAGGUUACAAGAGACAAACAACCUUUUCUUAGUUCAUGACUUGUGUUUCCAACAAUCAUACCAUCCUUACAAAUGCCCUUUUAUACACCUUUCAGAAGGUUCUAUUCUAUUGUAAAUAAAAACCCAGGAAGUAGAAAACCAGGAAGUAGAAAACCAGGAAAAAGCAAGGCAGUUUUGUACACUGGUAGCUGAAAUCUGUGGAGAAUUCCCAUCAGGUUGGGAAGGGUGUCUGGAGAAAACAAGCUCGCCAUUCUUCUCAUUCUAUAUUUAAGACAUGGUAAAACAUCUGUAGAGAAGAAGGUUCUGGAACAUUCUGAAGAUAGAUGUAAUGCAUUCUUUAUAGUGUAACAAAUAAAAGGUGUUCUUUUAAACUAAA